GUGUUGGACUUUGCGAGAUCGGCAAAUUCGGAUCGAUCUUCGAAGAAAGAGACGUUUUACGAUGUGCGUGCAGGAAGCUUGCCGCGAUAAUUUUUCUCAACCGGAUAUAUGAGGGUCCGGUGUGAAACAAAAAAGGUCACCGUUGUCUAUUUCCGAGGAAUUGUCGCAGGAUGGAAGAAGAUGAUAGACAAAAUAUAAGGAGCGCGGUGGAGAACAUCUUAAGCGGUUCGAUUAAUUCCCAAAGAAGUUCAUACACGCAACAAAGUUUAACCAGAACGUCCGACAUUGUUCUUAGCGAGGAUCUAAUAGCUGGUGCGAGACAAGACGGCAGGAUGUCGAACGUUCGUCGUUUCUUUUGUCUCUUCGUAACCUUCGAUCUUCUUUUGACCGUGCUUAUGUGGCUAAUUUGUAGUAUGAUAGCCGGGGAAAAUCUGGAAACUGCUUUUAUUAAUCAGGUUGUACAUUAUCAUAUAAAGACGUCCCUCUUCGAUAUUGUGAUGGCAGCGAUAUGCAGGUUCACGGUGUUGUUACUAUUUUACGCAUUACUCUACUUAAAUCAUUGGAUCAUCGUAGCCUUAACGACUGCUACAACCUGUGCCUUCUUACUCGCCAAAGUUUUUCUUUUCGACUGGUUAGCUUGCAAACAGCCAGUUUUUCAAGUACUAUUGAUACUAACGUCUUUCAUUCUUUCGUGGGCGGAAGCUUGGUUCUUUGAUUUCCGUGUGAUACCUCAAGAAACUCAUGUUAUUAAUUGGAUUCAAAAUAUGUCGAACGCGGAAAGAGCGCCUCUCAUUCAAGCUGAUACCGCGGAUCCACGUCAAUAUAGUUCGAUCGAACCUUCGCGUACCUUUUACACGCCUAUGGAUUCUCCAGCUCACUCUGAUACGGAAGACGAAUUCGCUAGGAGGCAAGACGCCAUUAGAAGAAUAUCGAGGACAAAUGAAAUAUUUAUUCCUAAGUCGUUACCAAAAUUAACAGCCGAUAAGAUUGAGGAAUAUAAAAUGACGGCUGAAACGUUAUUAAAAAAUUGUUAUGAGUUAUUAAUGUCCAAAGAGUGGAAAUUAGAAACGACAACGUCAAAGGGUGAUGUCGUUUCAUAUAUGCAAACCAAUAAACCAGAAGGAAAAAUAAUGAAAAUUACAGGUAUAGUAGAUGCGCCUGCCAAUAUGUUAAUCAAUUGGUUAUUCGAUGGUGUCGAAGCAGCACCAUCAUGGAAUAAACUCGUAACUGAGUCGAUGAAAUUGCAGCAAAUCGACGAAAACACAGAUAUAAUUUAUCAAGCGACGAGUCCUCAAGGUGGUGGACUAAUCGGUGCACGAGAUUUUAUUAUUUUGAGAUAUCGUAACAAGUAUGGUAAUUAUUACAUCAGUAGUGGUAUGUCGGUGACAUUGAAAUCAUUUCCAAAUCGUAAAAAUGUUACCAGGGGUGAAAAUGGCGUGAGUUGUUGGGCAGCCGAGGAAUUAACAGACGGUGAUUCUAGCAAGUGUCGUUUCACUUGGAUCCUUAAUACCAAUCUAAAAGGUUGGCUACCUCAAAAAGUUGUGGACAGAUCGUUAUCCACAGCCUUAGUAGAUUUUAUGUCAUAUUUGAGAAAGUAUUUGGACGAGUAUCAGAGACACGCUAAUACGUAAAAGUAUCACAAGUUUGUGUUGUCCUAUUGAAAAAGAGUUUAUCAUGACAAUUAUGUGUUAUAUGAACGGACGAACAAAUUAAUAAUCAUUCGUGUAUGUAUGGAAACAUCGAAGAAAAAAUCACAAAUCGACAUUUCACUUUCUCGAGGUACAUACAAAGAUAGCCUUUCUUCUAUACGCUUUGCAUUUUAUUCGAAAUGAAAUGAGGAAAAAAAAAACUAAAAAGGAAAAAAAAAGAAAGGAAAUAAUUAAUAAAAAAUAAGGUAAAAGAAAUGAGCGAUAAGUUCUAUUUAAGAAAGGUGAGCGAGUUCAAAAGGAGUAGAGAGGGAUGACGAGAGAGAGAGAGGGAGGGAGAGAGUUCGAGGAACGUGGUGCCGAAGUGUUCUAUUACGAAAAAAAAAAAAAAAAAUAUCUUUACUAAUAUAUUUUAUUCUUCGUUAUAAUUUCUGCUUCAUCGAUUCAUCAAAUUUGGCGUGUUUCAUUGAUAAACCAUAAGAUGCAGUAGGAACGAGUUAAUAAUCGAUAAGAUAAUAUUAAUCAUCUCUAAGCGGAAUUCGUGAUAUUCUUAACAAUGUAAAUAUAUUGACUUUUAUGUAUAA